AUGCCGCCAAAGGAUAUGGCGGGGUACGAGCACAAGGAGUGGGAGUGGGAGUCAGACGGGGACUUUGGGGCGAAGAGGGAGAAUUUGUUGAGUGCUGAGGGGGAGCGGGCGAUGGGAUUCAAGAGAUUUGAGGUUGAGGCGGACGGGUUGAGUGAGGGCCAGAGGGAGAUGAGGAGGAUGGCGAACGAGCGGCUUGGGUUUGCGUUGGGAGAAACGAUAGUCCACUACGUUGGCAAGGAAGAAGCUUCAGAUCAGGCAAGAUACUUUUUGUAA